AUGGAUCGAGUAAAAGUAACACUAAGAGUGACACGAGCCGAUUUUACGAGAGUAUACACCUCUUUCCGGACUGAGAAGUCGAAGGAAUUGCCGGACAUAACCUCGUUACAACUGAAGAAUCCGAAGAAGCCAUUGAGAAAGAAGCACGCAGACGAGUACAUUGCAAAAUAUCAUCAGGCAAAGGUCGAAUUAACCUGUCUAUUAGAGCCGAAAAAUGAACCCGAAGCGCCGACACCGACCCCGUCGCGACAGCCUACGACAACACAGGAAAGUAUACGCGCAUUAAAAUUACCGAAAAUCGAACUGAGAAAGUUUGGCGGUAAUAUCAAAGAUUUGCUUCCGUUUUGGAGCACUUUUAAAAAAAUUCACGAAGAUACAGCAUUGUCGAGAGAGGAUAAAUUCCAAUAUCUGAUACAAUCCAUGGUAAAGGACUCGCGCGCGUUCGAAGUAGUAAAUAGUUUUCCACUAACGGCCGGCAAUUAUGUGAAAGCCAUACACAGCCUCGAGUCUCGAUUCGGUAAAAAUGACCUGUUGAUUGAAUAUUAUGUACGCAAACUCUUAAAAUUAGUCUUGAACAAAAACAAAAAUGUGUCUCUCACAACCACUUAUGACAAAUUAGAGACAUAUAUUCGAGCAUUGGAGACUUUAGGCGUGACCACAGAAAUGUGGGCAGCAAUGUUAUUCCCUUUGGUAGAGUCUUCGUUGCCUGAAGAAACUUUACGUACAUGGCAACGAACUAUGACCCAGUUUACUCCUCAAUCUGACACGCCCUCUGUAAAUGUUACGGCAAAGGAUCGCCUUACGAGUCUAAUGACUUUUCUAGGAAGAGAGGUCGAGAGCGAGGAGCGUAUUCAGAUGGCAAAGGCGUGCUUCGAGAAUGAUUCUCAGACGACAAAAGACAAAAAUAAGAAGUCAAAAGGUGAACGAGGUCCAGAGAUAGCGACGGUGUCCGGCCUACUGUCGGUGAAAGAAGAAAAACCACAACGAUGUAUGUUCUGUGACGCCAGUCAUGAUAGUUUGAAUUGUGGGACAGCCAGGAAUAUGGAUUUGGAAAAAAGAGUGCAACUAGUGAAAGACAAACAAGGCUGUUUUAACUGUUUGAAAACAGGACACAGCUACAAAAGAUGUCGCAACAAAAUAAAAUGCGCUUGGUGCAUCAAAGGACAUAGUCUGUUGAUGUGUAGGAGCCUGUCAAAUAAGAACGAGCCAAAGCAAGCGGACGAGAAGAAGCCUAAUGAACCAGGUUUUCAUGAGGGAAACAGUUGUCUCGCUAAUACCUCUUCGAAUGCAAAAAUGUUCUUACCUACACUGAAAGCCAAAAUGCGAGGCCCAAAAGGCUUAGUGAAUAUUCGCGCUAUUAUAGAUACUGGCUCACAUAGAUCCUAUGUUUUGGAAAAGGUAGCCAAAGAUAUCGGAUAUUAG